AAAACGCGAUCGCCCACCCAGAUUUCGUCAGCUUGAGGAGGCUCUUGCUAUUUGGUGUGAUGCUGUUGUAGAAGCAAAUCUGCCUCUAUCUGGUCAUCUUCUUCAAUCUAAAGCUCUCCAAUUUGCUGUCCUUUUGGGCAUUAGUGUCGAUGAAUUUAAAUGUUCAAAUGGGUGGAUAACCAAUUUUAAGAAUCGAUAUAACAUCUGUGAAUAUACACGUUGUGGUGAGGCAAAUAGUGCUCCACUUGAAAAAUUACCUACAUAUAGGACUGAGUUGCAGCAAGUAAUCUCCCAGUUUGAGCUUAAAGAC